AUGAUCCAUACAGGCUGGGCUAAGCGGUACUGGGCCGCCGGCCAGCUGGCCUUCAUGGGGUCGGCAAACGAGUCGGGGCUGAGCUUCCCCGGGCUGGACCCUGCCGCCGCCCGAUGGCUGGCCGACAACCGCGGCAUGCACGCCGUCGGGAUAGACACCUGCUCUGUGGACGCCGCCAAAACAGCGGCGAAGGGCAGCCACACGACGCUGCUGAACCUGAACAUCCCGUUUCUGGAGAACGUGGCGAACCUGGACCAGCUUCCCGCCACCGGCUCCACCGUCUUCGCCCUGCCCGUCAAGAUCGGCGGCGGCAGCGGGGCGCCGGCCAGGAUCAUCGCCGUCAUUGAUUGGGGCACUAGUGCAGCUGCCAAGGGGCCUGGACCCAGGCUAACGCUUGUCGGUGUUGUCGUCAUAGCUUUGGCAACUUUAGUUUUCAACCUUGUUUAAAGCACGUAAUUGAGACAUGUUACAGUACAUGAAAUGUCUAUAACGAGAAUUAAAAGAAAAGUUGACUUGGGGAACAGUGUAAUUCUCAUGAUGUAUUUCAUCAACCAAAUGUCCUUGUCAUUUAAUUUCAUCGCUCUCGUGAUGGGGACACUAGUGUACCCACAAAAGGGCCUGGAGCGAGGCUAACGCUUGUCGGCAUCAUAGCUGUGGUGAUUUUAGCUUUCAUCGGCGUUUAAAGCACUUUCUUAAAUAUGAUCCGACAGUCCUGAGUCUAAAUCCCCCGCUAUAAAAUUGCAACAUGAUGUAACCCAAAACUAGUUACCAUGGUGACAGACGUCUGGUUCAGGUCAUUGACCUUAUCGUCUUGGAGAAGAAGAGGAAACAAUAAUUCGUCGUAGGUCAUGCAGGUCGUCGUAUGCGACAUAGAAUUUUCAGGCAGGUUGUAACAGAGCAACGUUUACCAGCGAUAGGGAUAAAUGUUUGAAUGAUCAUAGUUCAUAAUCAAAAUUGAUGUUUUGUUACGUUGUAACGUUACAAUCAUUCUGCUGUAUAACAGU